GAUUCACCAGGAUACAACAGUAUCACUCUUAAUUUGUGAUUAAUAUUUGACACCUGUUUCUCAGACAGGAGGCUUAUAAUCAAUUUCGGAAAUACGAUUAGAUGAACGCACACUGAAGCCUUCAUAAGAAUCUGGUAACUUCUUAUCAUAAAAAUGCCUACUCAGUUCACGACACCCUAUUUUAAACAUGUGGACUUGUCUUCCAGUGGAAGGCCUAUUUUGAAUGAUCAUGAACAUGAUAUCAUCAUGAGAAACGGGAUUGGUUUGUAUCAGGAGGAUUACAAGCUGAAAAAUUACCAAUGCGGAAGACUGUAUUUGACAAAUCAAAGGAUUAUUUUCGUCAACGAUAAUCACAGAGACAGGCAUGUCUCUCUUGAUUUGGGUGAAAUUGACGGCACUGAAAUUUACAACGGGUUUUUGAAGUCCAGCCCCAAAAUAAUAUUAAAACUAAAAGAUCAAGAUGAAAAUGAAAUGAAGAAAUCACAACGAAAAAACGAGUUGACCAUGGCAUGGGUUUGUCCUAUUUGUUCUUAUUCUAACGAAUCGUCAAUAAAUACUUCUGAAAUUGAAAAUAUGAAGUUUUCUGAUAAAAAUCGACCAGCUUGCAAUACAUGCGGUGUAAAAUGUACUUAUGACGUAAUAAAUAAGUAUUACUCUUCUAACAUUAACACAACCCAUAAUGGUUCAAUUGACUUGGUUUCUUUUGAUGGCUCACAAUGUCCAAAUUGUACAUUUAUCAAUCAUCCGUUUAUGAAAAAAUGUGAAAUAUGUGGCUCUCAGCUGGUUGGCUCGCCAAGUGCUUCAAGUUCUGAGCUACCUAUCCAAAACCAGAGCCAGAAACUUAUAAAGUUCACUUUGCUUGAGGAAGUAAGUGAUGCUAUCAAUUUGAAAGUAGUUAAAUUUUCAUUUAGAAACGGAAACCAGAAGCUGUUUUAUGAGUCCUUGAAGAAGGUUCUUGAAGACAGAAAUCGACAGAGUGAAUCAGUUGGUGAUAAUCAAGAAAAAUCAUCUGGUCAUACGAAAUCUGAUACAGUUGCUUCCCAGUUGACAUUUUCAAAUGGAAUUCAUGGUCUCACAGCAAAUUCGAAGCAGAAAAACUAUGAAGAUUCGUUACUAUUGGGUAAAGCUGUGCAAGAUCUAGAUCAGUUAAUGUCCAAAGCAAAAGACUUGAUUUCCUUGUCGAAAAAAUAUCAGAACUUUUUGAUGAAAACAAGCAAACACGACAAGGAUUUUGAUCAAAACUUUGAAUUGCUCGAACGCUCGAAGUCUUCUGUUGCCAACUUGAAUCACAUCAUAGACAACAACAAAAUUGGAGAGUCUAUCAAUAGUGCAAAAAUCACUAAUGCGCUAAACCUUUUGAGAUCAGGAAAGCCUUCAACGAACACUAUUUCGAAACUUCCAACUGUUUAUUUGGAGGAGUUAGCCAGAAACAUAUGUGACUUUCUUAUAAACGACGAUAUACUUGACAAAAAAAAUGGCAUAAUAACUUUUUUUGAGCUUUAUUCGAUGUACAAUAAGACCAGGCAGAUAAACCUAAUAACUCCGGAAGAAACUUUUGAUGCGAUGAUGAAAUUCGAAGACUUGAGAAUAAACAUAGAGGUCACUAAGGUACUUUUGUCUCGCAAAGAAGAUGUUAAAAGCUCGCCAUUCUUUUACAUUGUUUCUAAGAAAAACAACAGCUCGUCCAUCACUGCAAAAAUAUUCAAUUAUAUAAUUAUCAAUCCAGGAAUAUCUAUACCAAGAUUACAAAAACUGCAUUUCAACAUGAGCUUCAUUAUAUUGAAAACGAUUUUAGAUAACUUAGUUUACAAUGGUGAAUUGGCAAUUGAUAUCACACUGGAAGGCGAUACUUAUUGGCCCAACGAAUUUUUAAAUAUUGCGAGAAAUGAUAGUAAUCAUCCUACAAUUGUUAGUAAAGAUGUUCAAAUAGAUGGAGACAAUUUAGAGCAGCAUCAAAAAAUAGUCUCAAACAGCUCUGCGAUAUCUGAUUUGUCUAACAUUUUCAAAGCUUCUCAUAUAUACAGUAGUGAUAUAACUUCAGAACGCUUUAAAGAGUUAAAAGAUUUGUCAUUUGCAUAGAGAAUAAAGCUCGCGUUGAACGAUGAACCGAAUUAUAUAGUAGUUAUAUACUCAUUCAGCAAUUAGUUGUCACGUUGGGCAAAAAUUUGCUUUCCUUUUAUGAUGGUUGUGAAUUAUGAGCAGUUGAAACUGAGUACUAUGUGAAAAAGCUCACCCAAUCUCUCAGUUUUCGACUACUUUCUCUGCAACUAUAAUUUUGGGUAAUGCCUGUAUCUGUUGAAUUAUAAAAUCUUUCUCAGCUAUGAACAAGUCAUCAUUCCUCUCCUUAUUAAAGCUGCCUAAAAAUUGCAAAAGUUUAUUUCUGUUUUUUGCUAGUAUAUCUAUAACUGCUUUUUCUUUUUUAGGGUUUGCGACAAAAACUUUAAAAACAUUAAAGCCCUCCAACUGAAUAUUUUUAGACCU